UAAAAAAAAAUGUCUUGUGUAGACAAGGCACAUUGUGUAAUAAGAGAUUAUGUAUUUUUGUUUUUGAAGGGCACUCGGCAAAAUAUGGCAGUUACACAAUGAUGGAUCUGGAAACAAACACCGUUGUUGAUGUACAACUCGUCCAGAGUAAUGAAGUGGGAGGAAGUUACCACAUGGAAAAGGAAGGAUUGACGAGAGGUCUUGACUUUUUGGAUACUCGUGGUGUGACUCUGGACUGCAUUGUGACUGACCGACAUCCGCAAAUACAAAAAUUUCUCAGGGAACGCAAAGUCAACCAAUUCUAUGAUGUCUGGCACAUAGAGAAAGGAAUUUCAAAGCAGCUGGAAAAAGUGUGCAAGUUGAAGGGUUGUGAGAAAGUACGUGAAUGGUUGCUUAGUAUAAAAAACCACAUCUAUUGGACUGCAGCAUCAUCAAGCAGUGGACCUGAAAGAGUGGCCAAAUGGACGUCUAUGCUAAACCAUAUUCAAAACAAGCACACACAUGAAGACAGCAAUUUUCCAGCAUGUCUACAUGGAACAAGCAGAAGUCGAGGCACAAAAAAGUGGAUAGCUGCUGGAACACUGCCAUAUCUCAAGUUGGAGAGAGUUCUCUCCAACAACAGAAUUUUGAAGGAUGUUUCCAAACUAAGUCCACACUACCAGACUUCUUCAAUCGAGAUUUUCCACAGUGUAAUACUACGGUUUACACCCAUAAAUGUGGUAUUUCCAUUUCUGGGAAUGUUGUGCAGGUAAUGUUAAUGUUUUUUUUUUUUUUUUUACAAUUUCAAUUAUACAUAAACUGUAGACAUUUUAUUUUGAAAAUG